GGGGGGGGGGCGGGACCUGGGACCGAGAGCGGUUCGCGCGCUUCGGGCCUAGUCCGGACUCGCCGCCGCCGCCGCCAUAUUCCCGGCUACCGCAGCGGCAUCUUACUUACUUUGUCGGUUCUCCGGCCUCGCGAUCUUCCUUCCGGAGCCAUGUCCGAAGGAGUGGACUUGAUUGAUAUAUACGCAGACGAGGAGUUCAAUCAGGACCCAGAGUUCAACAAUACAGAUCAGAUUGACCUGUAUGAUGACGUGUUGACAGCCACCUCACAGCCCUCAGAUGACAGAAGCAGCAGCACUGAGCCACCUCCUCCUGUUCGCCAGGAGCCGUCCCCCAAGCCCAAUAACAAGAGCCCUGCGAUCCUGUACACGUACAGCGGCCUGCGUAAUAGGCGAGCUGCUGUCUAUGUGGGCAGCUUCUCCUGGUGGACUACAGACCAGCAGCUGAUCCAGGUUAUUCGCUCUAUAGGAGUCUAUGAUGUGGUGGAGUUGAAAUUUGCAGAGAAUCGAGCAAAUGGCCAGUCCAAAGGGUACGCUGAGGUGGUAGUAGCCUCUGAAAACUCUGUCCACAAAUUGUUGGAACUCCUGCCGGGAAAAGUUCUUAAUGGAGAAAAAGUGGACGUGAGGCCGGCCACCCGGCAGAACCUGUCACAGUUUGAAGCACAGGCUCGGAAACGUGAGUGCGUCCGAGUCCCAAGAGGGGGAAUACCUCCACGGGCCCAUUCCCGGGAUUCUAGUGAUUCUGCCGAUGGACGGGCCACACCCUCUGAGAACCUUGUACCCUCAUCUGCCCGUGUGGAUAAGCCCCCCAGUGUGCUGCCCUACUUCAAUCGCCCUCCUUCAGCCCUCCCCCUGAUGGGUCUGCCCCCACCCCCAAUUCCACCCCCACCUCCUCUCUCCUCAAGCUUUGGGGUCCCUCCUCCUCCUCCUGGCAUCCACUACCAGCAUCUCAUGCCCCCUCCUCCUCGAUUACCUCCUCAUCUGGCUGUACCUCCCCCUGGGGCCAUCCCACCUGCCCUUCACCUCAAUCCAGCCUUCUUCCCCCCACCAAGUGCUACAGUGGGGCCUCCACCAGAUACUUACAUGAAGGCCUCAGCACCCUAUAACCACCAUGGCAGCCGAGACCCGGGCCCUCCGCCCUCCACAGUGAGUGAAGCAGAGUUCGAAGAGAUCAUGAAGCGAAAUAGAGCGAUUUCCAGCAGUGCCAUUUCCAAAGCGGUGUCUGGAGCCAGUGCAGGGGAUUACAGUGACGCGAUUGAGACGCUGCUCACAGCCAUUGCUGUUAUCAAACAGUCCCGGGUCGCCAAUGAUGAGCGUUGCCGUGUCCUCAUCUCCUCUCUUAAGGACUGUCUUCAUGGCAUUGAAGCCAAGUCCUACAGUGUGGGUGCCAGCGGGAGCUCAUCCAGGAAAAGACAUCGGUCCCGAGAGAGGUCACCCAGCCGGUCCCGGGAGAGCAGCCGGAGGCAUCGGGACCUGCUUCAUAACGAAGAUCGACAUGAUGAUUAUUUCCAGGAGAGGAACCGGGAGCACGAGCGGCACCGGGAUCGAGAGCGGGACCGGCACCACUGAGAAAGGUGUUUUCCCCUCCCCUAAGGUAAGCUAGGACUUGCUUAAAAUAGAGUUCCUGAAACAGUAUUUAAACUCCCCAUGUUCUCUUAGAGCAACUUUUCUUGAAAUGUAGUUACCAUACUCCAGCCAAAGCCUCCUUUCAAUCAGACCGUGAGAGCUCUUUUCAUUGUCUGUUUCCCCCUAACCUCAAAGUGAGAUGCGCCUGCUUUUUCUUCGUACUCACCGUAGCUCCCGCAGCCUGUCCCCCACUGCGCACAGUGCCGGGUGCCCCCAGUCCUGCCUGCUUGCUUUCACUCUCCCCGGCUUGUACUCUGUCUGCAUAGACGCACUACUUCGUAUGUGCUAGCUUGAGAAAAAUGCCAGUGUCAUUCAUAGCUGCCCAUCAUUCAGAAAGUAACCUCUAACUUGUGUUUUCUUUCUUUUCUUCUGAUGUUCUCAUUGCAGGAGUCUGGUUGGAAGCAAAUGUUUUUUUAAUGGACUUGCAUCUCCUCACCUUGAUCAGGACUAAAGGACGGAGGCCACUCCACCCUUCCCCUUCCCUCCAAGCCCCGACCCCCCCUUCCGACACCCAGGGAGUGCCCUCUGCCCGACAGGAUUGACGGUUGCCUGGCAGCCCUCCCAGCCCCACGCCUCCUGUUUGUCAGGGGACGAACCUAAGACUUCGUGUGGUUGGGAGGGGUGGCAGACAGGAAGAAAGCGUGUCCAGGCCCCUGGUCUCCGUAGAGAACGGUGCUUUGUCCAAGGAAACGAAUGAGUUUCUGAUUCUCCAGGAGUAGUUCAGUGGUGAGGCUGAUGGGAAGACUUUCUUCCCAGAGAAAACGGAUCCUCCAUGCAGGAUCCAGGAGAGUGACUGGGUGCGCCAAAAUAUGCCCAGGGCCCUGCCCUCCGCACUAGGUGUGAUGGGGCCGAGAGGGUCCAAACCCCCUGCUAACAUACCACUUCUUUGUUUAACUCCUUUACCUUCCCAGCCCUUUGAGAGGGACCCUGAGAACAGAAAUUCCAUUCUGAAAAGCUUCCCCCGUUCUUGCUUUUCCCUCUUACCUAUUGGCGGUUGGUUUCCCUGACCUCCCAGAGGGCUGAACCUUUCCGGCUCCCUGCUGCACAGCCGCCGCAGCGGACUCGCCCCUCCGAAGCUGAGAAGGCCCCUGAGGUUGCUUUCUGCCGGGGAGCCUGGCAGCACCACCUACCACCCGCUGCAGCUUCGUGCUCGGUUGCCUCUUGCAAUAACCAGCUGUUCUAGGUGUUCCCUUUCCUGGGGCUUUUCCAUUUCACACGUGGAGCCCCUCCCCCAAGAAGGCUGCUUCCUUGUUUUAGAGGAAGAUACUGCCACUGGGAGAUGGGGACAUCGGACCUCAGCACUGAAGAACCCUUGGGAAGUACCAGGAGGAGCGGGAGAGGAGGCAGGCUGGGUGGGAGAUAGCCUACUGCCCUAGGCUUUUCUUUUUUCAGGUUCAAUGUGAGCAUGGGCUUACAUCCUCCAGGUACAUACCUUUUCUUAUUGUGGGAUAACCUGGCACUAGUAGGCAGGUAAAGUCACAAAUGCGGUGUCUUUCCACCUUUUGACUCUUCAUAGCUCCCAUCGCUCUACGUGGAGGUACUUCCUGCCUCUGAUGGGGAGCAAGGAAGAAGUGGAGCCUGACUUGAAUGAGUUCAGCUCAGAGUUCUAAGGAGCACCACUCUGGGGGCCAUUGUCUACACAGGCAAAUGGAAUUGCUUUUCCCAUUAACAUCUAAGUUGUGAUGUGCUUCCUGCUGAAGGCAAAGGCGGCAGCGGGGUCCUGCGGUGCCCAUGGGGCGAUGGAUGUGGCUUCUGCACGCGUUAAAGGGCACCUGACAUCUAGCAGGAGACGAGACGUGGCGUGGGAGAUGUAGGGUCACUGGAGACCCUUCCGGCUCAGAGGGGAGAGACUGAGUGGGACUGAACCCUUCCUCUGUUCCCUGCACGUUUCUGACAUAGCCCUCAGUCAGUCAGUGAGGGGCCCCCCCAGGGUUGGAGAGGCACAUUCCCUUGGGACAGAGGCUACAGGGUGUAGCUUCUUUCCCCCUUGUCCCCCAACCCCGUCCCCACCUCCACUUCGGAACACGGCCCCCCGCCCAGCUGGCCAAGUGUUAAGUGAUGUGCUUAUCCUCAAGAGCAGCUCCGGGUGUCUUUUUAAAAUGUAGAGAAAACCAAGUAAGGUGACAGUUUAAGGAAGAAAAUAUAUAGAGUACCAGAAAAGCCGUUUACCCGGAGAAUUUUUUUCUCCCCAUUUUUGUUUUGUUUUUACUCAAUGACACAAAUUUUAGUUUUAUUUCCUGAUAGCAAAAGGAAAACAAAAAAAAACCCAGCCCUCAAAAAGGCCAAGGCCCCGUCCCCCUGUUGUCGGUGAUUUGUUUGUCUUUCUGAUAGGUUGAAAAUUGUGUAAUAAACUUGAUGACGCUGUCAAUCUUUUAUACUGCAUUGUAUUUUUUUCCUUUUGUAACAAAGUAUUUUUAAAUAAUAAAUGGGGUGUGAGCUGU